CGUCCACCCCGUCCCCGUUUUCGUCCCACGAGCGCUCGCUGUGCUAUCAGACAGACAGAUCCCACCACAAAUGCCAAUUAAAGGGCCACCAUCAAAAAACGAGAAAAGACACAUGUCUCCGUGCAGAUAACCAAAAGAAGCUUGCCGCCCGAUUUAUGCUGGCUCCCCACCCAUUACCCGUACCGAUCCAAUAAUCACCGUUGUACCGCCGGGCGCGCACUCCAUUCACUCGUUAUCUUGGGUGCCUCCUCAACUCUCUCCAGUAGCUUGUCUUUUUCUCAUUCUGCAUACCCUUCUUCUUGUUCUUCUCGGGCCUCUUUGAGUAAUUGGGCAAAGUCGCACCAGCACGCACGAAUACAGAGCGCGCAAUUAACGAGCCGGCCGACAACGAUUCGAUCAAACCGACCCGACGACGUAACGACAACCGAGGCCGAACCUUCUUGGCGAGGGAAGAGAAAAGAAAGGGGGAAUCUGGGGAAAGAUCGUGAGAUCCACUGCAUGACAGUCCGGGCCCCUAGAUCUAUCUAUCUAGCCGACAAUCAACCUACCCAGGUUCAUAUUGUCUUUUAGUCGGUCGCUAUCGCCCCAUUUUCCUCAACCUGGCGGCAUCUUCGUGAAGCGACCCGACUCAACGAGCCUGCACGACUACAUAUCCGAGGCAGCUAUUAAUCUGUCGUGUGUGCGACUUAGGCCUCUGUCGUCUCAUCCACAACUAUUCGCACAGACAUUACUCAAACGAGGCGGUUCGACAAACGCGACCCACGGCCGCCGGUUCUGUCCAUCGUUACACGCGCACUCGUUUAAUACUCCUUUGGUCCUCGCUUCAGCCAGGCCUUCUUUGCUCCCAGUCGCUUACUUGGAGCAGGACUCCCUUUGGUCGGGAAUAAUCUUGCCUGACCAGACAAGACAACAACCAUUGGAUGCACCAUAGACUCUAGUCAAGUCAGAAACUAAAGGGUUCGAGCAAACAGAGAGAAGAUCUCUACACCUCUGACUACGGUGACUACGGGACCGAUACACAACGUCCGCCGAUCGUUCCGCCGGCGCACCACGUUCUAGUUCUUCACACUCUUUCGACCAGUUGUCCCUUGUGGACUCGCAGCUCCAGUACAACGUCCCGACUGUUAGAUGCUCAAAUAUGCUUGAGUUGAGACCCGCGACAUCCAUCAUUACCUGCGGCCCAACUGUCGAGUUCUGGGUCACUCGAUAACGGGGUUUCCAGACCACUAAUCAGCCAGCCCUUCGCUUCUACCUCCUCGCGGCUCCCCCGAGUCGCCGCAUAUUCCACACCAUGGCCACCCCACGGCAUAUCCCCGCAGAUCAUUCACAUAUAACAGAGUUUGCAUCUCGCACAUACUUCGACAAGCUCAACCAAGAGAACAAGUCGAAUACUGCGCAUGAAACGCACACGUCACAGCCGGGGCCCUCAAUAGCGCAAUCGGAAUUUAUAUUACCUCUGCGGCAACAGAAGACUUUUGACUCCGAAGCUGGUCAUCUCGAAGCGCCUAAGAAGAAAAAGGCGUUUAGGUUCUGGUCCUCUAAACAUGCUGCUCCUUCCACGGUGGGCCCUGGCGCCGGCUUGAGCCAAGUAUCUGCUGAUGGCUCAAGAUCAAUGCUACCGUUUGAUCAACUUUUUAUCGCAUUACCCGUCGAGUUACAGGUUGAGAUCGUUGCUUCGUUGCCACUUUCCGAUAUCUUGAAUCUCAGGUUGGCGUCUCGAGCAUGGCAUAGCAUGAUCACAUUAAACGAGGUGCCGAUUGCCAGGUAUCAUCUGGAAAAUAACACUCCUGCAUACGCCAAGAGGCUGUAUCCCUUGCCUGACGGCGCAAAACCAAACCUACACCAUCUCUGCGGCAUAUGGCACCGCCUCCACGUGGCGGCUAAGUUGGCAUAUUUUAUUUGUGAGAGGGUAACCAAGGAGAUCUUCUUGAGGGUUACCGAGUUAGAGAGGCGCGAAUUUGCACCUUCAUGGGAGCGCAUGCGGCGGCGACUCAUCCCGCUCAUCUUUACUAUUUUCCAUUUUUUCGAGACGUACAGAGAACGACACCUUCAAUAUCUUAUUGACAACAAGGGUGUCGGCUUACGUCAUACACCAUAUACGCUCAACCCUAUUGAGGUUGAGGUCAUGAGCAUGUACGAUGAUCGUACAUUACUGCACGUACAUCAAGUUUUUCCUUUAGUGAUUUCGUCAUUCUGCAGAAGAUUACGGCCGCCAUCAUACGCCGGUAGGGUGGAGCGGACAGUUAGAGGCUAUCUGAGGGAGAGGCCUGCGGAUGAGGUCCAUGUUGCUGCGCUCAUCGUCGGCGGCUUGCGACAGGUUGAAAAGUUUUGGGAGGUCAAGGGGUACAACACUCGCCGGACCGUGGUUGAUAAUUGGUACAAGAGCAUCAGUCAACCAACAACACCCGAACCGACGACAUCAUCUAAAACGAAGCGCAGUUUGAUGGGAUUGGGUAGGAAAAAGUCGAUGGCAGCAAUUCCCAAGGACAACAAACCCAGUGAAGUCUCUUCUGCAGCUACGCGGGGGUCGAUAGACUCGGGGUAUGGUAACCGAAACAACCUCAUCUUCACAACCAGCUUGGCUGGGGGCAUGCCCAUGGCCCCUUUACCAUGGGAUCACUUGCAGAUGUUAGUUCCGGACCUGCCACCCCUACAACAGAUGUGGCUCCAUACUGCCGAAGCCUUGAUCUUGGAUCGCCAGAUCGUUCAGCGGCCAGUUGAAAUCAAACGAAACGCGCAGAUGAUGUUGGAGCUCAUCAGCGAGGGUGGCAUGGCUGAGGAGGAUCAAUGGUGGUACGGACAAGGGGGUUCAGACUCGAUCAGACCACCGCUCGACUCGAUGGAGGAUGACCCGCUCGAAUAAGCCAUGGCUGAGCUGCGCGCCGAGACGUGAGAGAGCUUUUUUUGAUGGCUUCCCGAACACAUACAUGACUAGUCUUUCAUUUUCUUUUCCUUUGUAUGAACAUAAGCAUUGAAGGAGUUUUCGGUUCCUCACUUUAAAGAAGAGGAUUAUAUUUAAUCCCCUAGCGUUCUCGGGGCACGAGGGGAAGGCGCGCAAUUUAUUUAGCGUCAUGCUUGGCUUGUCUUUCUUUUCUUUUGUCUUAUUCACUUGGAAAAUACCUUUAUUUUAUUCUUCUUACCCGUUACCUUUUUGGCCAUGAAGUAAACAUGUCUCUUUGUCUCUCAAUUUUAUCUGUCAUUUUAUUAUUUCUUGGACAGAUUGUUGUCUUGUCAGACGCAAUAAGGAGCACUCAAGGUGAUCUCGAACGGACAUGUUCCAUCUAUGACGAAUCCACUGUCGGAUACGAAUUGUAUGUCAGUUGAGCAGUGAGUUUGGAGGGGGAGAGAGGGAAAGCUCUGCGCACUCAUUGUACAUAAAAUCAGUGUACGGAAAAAAAAUAGUGGCAUGGAGAGUGUUGUAAGCAUUCACGGCGAAAUCGAGAAAAAAGUCAAACGC